AUGAUUGAUGAUUUCCUGAGGGACAAUGGCUAUUUCCUUCAACAAUCACAUCAGAAAAAAGCUUUAGCCAUGAUGGUUGAGAAAGAGUCCGGUCGGAUUGAUGGAUGUGAAUUCCCAUCUCUUUGGUCAGAAGGUGUUGAAACGGAACGCGGGAUGAAAAUAUAUCGCAACUCUGUCACUGGCAAUGUUCAACUAAAGGAACCAGAAUUGUGUAUGGGAGGUCUUCUUGCUGAUGAUAUGGGUCUUGGGAAAACACUUUCUAUGCUGGCUUUAAUAGCUGGUUCAUUGAAUGAAACACGAAAGGGCCAAGAACAAGCAAAAAAAUCUACCUUGAUUGUUUCACCACUAUCAACCCUCUCUAGCUGGGAGAACCAAAUAAAAGAGCACUUCAAAGAGGGAUCACUGAGUUACACUGUUUAUCAUGGCCCAACCCGAACAAGAGAUGCCAGCGCUUUAACCCAACAUUCCAUCACUCUGACAACAUAUGGUACCCUCAAGGUGGACUUUAACGAGAAAUCUAAAAGCGACGGUAUCUUGCGCAAGAUUGGCUGGCAUAGGAUUGUAUUAGAUGAAGCCCACGUUAUUCGAAACCCAUCCUCUCGGAUCUUCCAGGCUGUGUACAAUCUCCCUGCAAAGCACCGCUGGUGUAUAACAGCGACUCCGAUACAGAACCGGGUGCAGGAGCUUGGGGCUCUUGUUAAAUUCCUCCGUGUAUCGCCUUUUGACGGCGGGAUGUCUUUCAGGGACACGUUCACUUAUCCGAUAGAGUGUGGGAGUGAACGUGGCUGGAAAAGGCUCAGAUCCCUCGUCCAAGCCAUAUCGCUUCGAAGAACAAAGGAGACCCUUGAUCUGAAACUCCCUGUACGGGAGGAAAUUAUACAACCAGUGGAGCUGAACAUGGAGGAAAGAAAGAUGUAUAAGCUGUUCACCAAAUCAUGUGUUUCUGCUAUUGAGACUCGCCGGAUCGCACGAAACACUUUACAAUAUAUUCUAAGGCUUCGACAAAUAUGCAAUCACGGUCGCGAGUUACUCCCUUCUACGACUCAGCAAUGGUUGGACAGCGUUAUGUCUUUUGAUGAGAAUCCCGUCACCCCACCGCCAACCUGUGAACACUGUGAUGAUCCCAUGGCUGACUCGGAAGAGAACAUGAAUGAUCUCAUGGCCUGUAUGCAUCAGAUAUGCAAAGCAUGUCUUGAAGGUGCCAAAGAGGGCGAUAGCCCUAGUGACCCCGUCUGCCCCUGUUAUCUUUUCCUCUUGGACAAAAAUGCUCGACUUGGUGGAGAAAGCUCUCGAAGGUACUGGAUUCCAAUUUCAGAGGAUCGACGGCAGCAAAAGCUCUUCGCAUCGCAAACGGCACUCCGUAUCUUUAACAAAAGUCCGUCAUGCACUAUAUUCCUUGCCACUUUGGGCAGUGCUGGAGUUGGCAUCGAUCUUACAGCUGCUAGCCAAGUCCACCUUCUUGAGCCAGGCUGGAAUCCCAUGUCAGAGCGACAGGCACUAGACCGUGUCCACAGAAUUGGACAGAAAAGAAAUGUCCUGGCAAUCCGCUAUAUCGUGACAGGCGCCACUUCAAUUGAAGAGUACAUCCGACGCAGACAGGGAAGGAAAUUGGACCUAAUAUCAAUUCCUCUGAAUGAUACCACUGGUAGGGAAGCUGCAGGAAUGAAAGAUAUGCUUGAGGAUUUGAAACAUACACUGAGUUCAUCUUGA